GACCCUCCCACCUCUUUCUCACUCCCUCUGGGGAGGAGCCAGCUGCUCUGUGGGCGGGGCAGUGGGCAGCCCUCACCACAUCCUCCUCUUCCUCCUCUUCCUCCCCACCCCUCAUACGCUCUGGGGCAGCGAUGUCGGCAGCGGCUUCUGAGGGACCCACUGGGGGCCCUCUGCCAAGUGACUGAUGGGCUUGGGGUUCAACUGCUUCUCCCUGAGUCUAACCCACAGCCUGCCUCCUGUCUGCCUGGCUAGCCCUUGCCUGCUGUCGGUCCAUCCCUGGUGCAGCCGAUCGGUCCCUGCCCCAAGAUGAUCCUCUUCUGUCCGUGUAUGACCUCUCUGGGACGUGACUGACCACUGCGUGGCCUGCUUGCCCAGAGCCCAGCUCCCAUCUGUCCAGGGGGCAGGUUGUAUCCUGUCUGGUUGAUGACUCGGUGUCGGCUGUGGAUUCCCGUCCUAGAGUCCUGCCUGUCCUCCCACCACACGGAGCUCAGCUGCCCCCCUGGGAGCCCACUGAGCACCCUGAGCUCACGGAAUGGAUGUCUGAGGAAGAAGCGGGAAUAGCAGGCCCGGAGUCAGCAUGCCGCGUGGCUGGGCCGCCCCUCUGCUCCUGCUGCUGCUCCAGGGCGCCUGGGGAUGCUCAGACCUUGUCUGCUACACCGAUUACUUCCGGACGGUCACCUGCUUCCUGGAGACGUGGACCCCCCACCCCAGCAUGCUCACCCUCACCUGGCAAGACCCCUACGGAGAACUGGAGGAUGAGGCCACCUCUUGCAGCCUGCACCGGUCCGCGCACAAUGCCACUCACGCAAAAUACACGUGCCACAUGGAUGUGUUCCGCUUCAUGGCCGACGACAUUUUCAGUGUCAACAUGACAGACCAGCCUGGCAACCGCUCCCAGGAGUGUGGCAGCUUUGUCCUGGCCGAGAGCCUCAAGCUGUCUCCUCCUUUCAACGUGACCGUGACCUUCUCAGAACAUUAUAACAUCUCCUGGAGCUCCGAUUACGACUCGUACGCGCUCAAGGGCAAACUGCAGUAUGAGCUGCGGUACAGGAAGCGGGGAGACCCCUGGACGCAGAGUCCGGGGAGGAAGCUGAUCUCAGUGGACGUCAGGAGCGUCUCCCUCCUGCCCUUGGAGUUCCACCCAGGCGCCAGCUAUGAGCUGCAGGUGCGGGCGGGGCCCCAGCCCGGCUCCUCGUUCCAGGGGGCCUGGAGCGAGUGGAGCGACCCGGUCCUCUUUCGCACCCAGCCAGAAGAGCUCAAGGCAGGCUGGCACACGGACCUGCUCUAUCUCUUCCUGGUCUUCACGCUCCCCAUCCUUGUCUACUUAGGUCUGAAGAUCCGCCUGCCUUGGAGGCUGUGGAAGGUGUGGGUGCAGGUGCCCAGCCCAGAGCCAUUCUUCCAGCACCUGUAUGUGAGCCACAGCGGGAACUUCAAGAAAUGGGUGGGCACGCCCUUCACUGCCUCCAGCCUGGACCUGGGCCCCUGGAGCCCAGGGGUGCCCUCGCCCUUGGAGAUGUACAACUGCUGCCCCCCGCUGAGUGCAGUCCAGGGGCUGGAGACCACGCUGCUGCCCGCGCCGGCGGAUCUGGUGGAAACUGACAGCACCCCUAAGCCCGAGCCCGAGCCCGAGCCCGAGCCCGAGCCCGAGCCGGGCUACUGGGGCCCUGCCCCCUGCACUGGCAGUGCGGGCAGCUCAGCUUACAGCCAGGAGGGGGACCGGCCCUAUGGCCUGGUGUCCAUCGACACGGUGACCGUGGUGGGUGCAGAGGAGCCGUGCGCCUGGCCCUGUACCUGUGGGGAAGAUGGCUACCCAGCCCUGAACCUGGACGCUGGCCUGGAGCCUGGCCCGGGCACCGAGGACCCGCUCUUGGGCCCUGGGGCCACAGUCCUGUCCUGUGGCUGCGUUGCAGCUGGUGGCCCUGCCGGGCUGGGGGCCCCCUUGGGCAGCCUCCUCGACAAACUGAUGCUGCCCCUUGAACAUGAGGCGGGUUGGGCGCCAGGGCCGCCUUGGGGGGGUGGGCCACCCGGAGGGGUGUCUGACAGCGAGGCGGGCUCGCCCCCUGCCGGCCUGGACAUGGACACGUUUGACAGCGGCUUCGCAGGCUCUGACUGCGGCAGCCCCGUGGAGUGUGACUUCUCCAGCCCCAGGGACGAAGGGCCCCCCAGGAGCUACCUGCGCCAGUGGGUGGUCAUGGCCCCUCCGCCUGCAGGGCCGGGGCCCCAGGGCAGCUAGUGAGGCUGCCGGCUGUUCAGAACUGGCCGUGCCCCCGGGCGGCGAGGCAUGGGCGCCUGGGCUGUGGUGGGAAGAGGCCUGCGGCCUUUGGUCUCCCAGGGCCCUGAGCCUGGAGUUGACGCUGUGCGUGUGUGGCUCAGGGCGCACGGCGUGUCUGCGUGUGCGAGCAGCACGCACGGGUGCGCACACGGCGGCAGCCUCCCUCCCUGCCGGGCACAUGGGCUGGCCCCUGGGUCACAUUUGAGAAUCGGGUCCAGUGCUGCCCACGGGCCUCCUGGGACCAGGACACGCCUGUGACAGACACCAAGCCCCGCCCCCGGGACCGGCCCCUCCAGGAGCCGCAGGAAGGCCAUACUGUUCCCGAUCAGGUGUGAAGCCCCGGGGACAGGGAGAGGCCUGUAGCCAGGUCUGAGCCUCACUCUGACGCCUCCUGGCUGUGCCACCUCGGGUGCUGGUCCCCGCUCUGGGCUGGGACUUCCUAUCUGGACAUGUGGAUGGCACGCUGCCCUCGGGGAGAAAUCAGUGCAGUCACCCACCUAGCGCGCAGCCCAGAGCAGACCCUCAAUAAACGUCAGCUUCCUUCCUUCUGAGGCGGGACCGAGGCUUGUGCUGAAGGUGGGUGGGGGCAAGAAAGCAGCCACCGCCUGGGCCUGUGGCCAUCCCCACCCUGCAGA